AUAAACCUCAUCUUCCUACAUUUCUCCAGACAAAUUCAUUUCAACAGCAACUCAGCCAUGGCUCUUCGAACCCUAAUCACCAGAAAAGCCCUGAGGCCAGUACCUAUUGGAUUCCGAGGGCUGCAAACUUUCUCUCUCCCCGAUCUAGCCUACGGAUAUGGCGACCUGGAGCCGGCAAUCAGCGGCGAGAUCAUGCAGAUUCACCACCAGAAGCACCACCAGGCUUACAUCACUAAUUACAAUAAAUCCUUGGAGCAGCUCGAUGCCGCCAUUUCUAAGGGCGAUGCCUCAGCCGUUGUCAAGUUGCAGGCCGCUAUCAAGUUUAACGGCGGAGGUCAUGUUAAUCACUCGAUUUUCUGGAAGAAUCUUGCUCCUAUUAGUGAAGGAGGUGGCGAGCCUCCCAAGAGUACGUUAGCCAUGGCCAUUGACAACAACUUUGGCUCCUUGGAAGCUCUCAUACAGAAGAUGAAUGCUGAAGGUGCUGCUUUACAGGGAUCUGGAUGGGUGUGGCUUGGUCUGGACAAAGAAUUCAAGCGUCUCGUAAUUGCGACCACUGCAAAUCAGGAUCCACUGGUUACUGUAGGACCUAAUUUGGUUCCUCUGCUUGGUAUUGAUGUCUGGGAGCACGCAUACUAUUUGCAGUACAAGAAUGUGAGACCAGACUACCUGAAGAAUAUAUGGAAAGUCAUAAACUGGAAAUACGCCAGUGAAGUUUUUGAGAAAGAGAACCCUUGAUUCGACGAACCUGAGCAGUCAAGUUCCGGUGGUUGUAAAAGUUUUUCAGCUCUGUACUUCAAAAAGUUCUUGAGAGGAAAUAAAAUUGCUUCGGUUGCAGAGGCAAUCUUUUGUUAAAUGGGAUGUUCAGUUGUGCGAGCUGAUACAUACUACAGCUUUGCUUAUAUGAUAGUUGUAUGUUUAUUAAGGCUCGGAUUCAUGCAACCCUUCGUCCUUCAUCUUUUCAUUUAUCUAUCGUUUUCCUC